AUGAUUCAUAUCAGGCCGUAUCCCCGGCAGUUAUUCAGUCUGGCUAUACGCGGUCGAUUGCCGUUGUCCACACCCUGUCAAAUCGCACAAACAAGAGCAUGGAGCACGCUCUCCCGUCCCAAAACCCCAGCACCGCCUACAAACACACUUGGGGCAGCACGUUCAAGGACCAAUUGUAGCAAAAGCAGUGGCGACAGUGGCCCCUCGGAGAUACCGAUCGACAGCACCACGACCGUUGUCAACAUCCCCCGCUGCCACGCCGUCGCGCCCAGCUCACGGAAGCAAUGCAAGAAUGCGACCUCGUACGGCCACUACUACUGCCAUCACCAUCGAGGCGAGACUGAUACACGCUGCCACGCAAUCGCCCACAACUCUGGCAAGCGAUGCAAACUUACCUCCGAGAAGGGGGUCGACCUCUGCAAAUACCACAUGUCCACGCCCAGCAACCCCCGCUGCAGGGCAAUCGACGAUGCUACCGGCAAGCGAUGCAUCCGAUAUUCGCUGGACGGGUGUGAACACUGUCGCGUCCACACUACCACACACUCGACAAAGUCUAAGCCGCGCUGCGCCGCAACUUGCACCAGCAACGGCAAGCAAUGCAAACGCCCUGCGAACCAUGAGGGAGGCCUUUGCGGCGAACAUGGCCACAUAGCAUCAGGGAAUCACCGUUCUUGGGGUAAAAAAGCAUCGGCGGUUGAUGAGGCUGCAAGCGGGGAAAACGAUAGAUUGAUGAGAAAGAAGGUUUUUAUUAAGGAUAGAGACGCUAGCCGACCUCAAUCAGAACGUCGUACAAAGAGGACUUUUCGAUACUGGUUAAUUAACCCUCAUAAACCAGCUCAAAAACGGGUCCGUUGA